AUGUCGGACUCCAAGCAGGAAGAGGUACACGGUAUCUCCAGUGUGGUCGAAGAUACUCCGCAUGUUAUUGCAGGAUAUGGCGAGACUGCCAAGCGUAGUGGUGCUAAGACCACCGAGGUCCGCAACGCCGAGCUUUUUGCUGCUAUCAAUGAGACUAAAAUUGAGCGAUGGAGUAAAACGUCCAUCCAUUUGUACUUCUGUAUCUUUGUAGCCUUCCUCUGUGCCUGCGCCAACGGAUAUGACGGAUCCUUGAUGGGAUCGGUCCUAGCUAUGAGCCACUACCAGGAGGUGUUCAAAACCGGAUUGACUGGUGAAAAGGUCUCUGUGGUCACCUCGCUAUACACAGUUGGAUCUAUGGUCGCCACCCCGAUCAGUGCGGUGAUCUCUGACAAACUUGGUCGUCGCAAGUGCAUGUUCGUCGGGGCUUGGGUGAUUAUCAUCGGCUCAGUUAUCAUCGCAUCCGGCAUGACCUUGGCUCAAUUUGUGGUUGGUCGUUUCAUCCUUGGAGUUGGUAUUCAGAUCAUGGUGGUGUCUGCCCCUGCAUACGCCGUUGAGAUUGCGCCACCGCAUUGGCGUGGUCGUGCUGUCGGAUUUUACAACUGUGGGUGGUUUGGUGGAUCCAUUCCCGCUGCGGCUAUCACCUAUGGCACGAACCAAAUCAACUCCAACUACCAGUGGCGCAUUCCUUUCAUCUGCCAGUGCUUUGCGUGUGUCUGCGUUAUCUUUUGCGUGUGGUUCAUCCCCGAGUCGCCCCGAUGGCUCAUCGCCCAAGGGAGGGAGGAAGAGGCCGCCGCCUUUCUUACUAAAUACCACGGCAAUGGAGAUCCUAACGCGCGCCUUGUUCGUCUGGAGAUUGAGGAGAUGAAGGAAGGUAUCAGAAUUGAUGGUAUCGACAAGAGAUGGUGGGAUUCGGACGCUGGAGAUUUAUUCAAGUGGUCGGGCAACGGUCUAGGCUAUUUCAACUCAACCAUCUUCAACGUUUUGGGAUAUACGUCGAGCUCAAUGCAGCUGCUCCUCAAUCUAAUCAAUCAAAUUAUCUCUGCUGUUGCUGCUGGAACUGCAGUCUGCCUGACUGAUCGCAUGCCGCGUCGCCCAGUCCUCAUCUGGGCUUGUGCUAUUACUAUGGCGAUUAACGCUGCCAUCUCUCUGCCCAUCGCAAGCACGGGAAGUAUUAGCCAUACCAAAGGCCAAGCUGCUUUGGCAUUCUAUUAUUUGUUCAACGUUGUCUUCUCUUUUACCUACACCCCACUGCAGGGAGUGGUCCCAGCCGAGGCACUAGAGACCACUACUCGUGCCAAAGGUCUGGCUCUGUCUGGCUUCAUGGUCAGCUCAAUCAGUUUCAUCAGUCAAUUUGCUUCACCUAUCGGACUGGGUAAUAUCUCCACGAACUAUUUCUGGAUUUUCGUCGGAUGGGACCUGAUUGAGGUUGUGUGUUGGUAUUUCUUCUGCGUCGAAUCGCAAGGCCGUACUCUCGAGGAGCUUGAGUGGGUCUACCAGCAGCCUAAUCCGGUCAAGGCUUCACAGAGCCUGGAUAAGGUUGUUGUGCAGCAAGAUGGCACCGUUACUGAGAAGAUUGAAACUGAUGCUUAA